GCUGGCUCCCUGCCUCUCCAGGUCUGGGCUUGCCGGCUGAGAGGUGGAGGAGUUGAGGGACUCGAUAGGUAGGUCCGAAACCUGGGGCCCAGAAACCAGAAGUCCGUCCGCCCCGGCCGCAGCCCGGCCCGGGUAGAGUCCCAGCGCCCCUCGCCAUCAUGGGCCUGGCCCUCGCCCCCGGGCCCUGAGCAUGGAGCGGGGCUGGCCGCCGGGUGACAGCUGCAGCAGGGAGCGGCCCGCCGCCUGCCGCCGCGCCCUCAGCGUCUGCGACUCGCUGGACCUGCACGGCGCCCCGGCGGCCCACGCCGCCGCCGCCGUCCAGGCCGCCCUCUGCGCCGCGCACGAGCAGCCAGUGCGGCCGCGGAGUGUCUGCUCCCGCGGCUCGGGGCCGCCGCCCCCCAGCGUGCGGAGCCUGCUGCUCGGCCUCCUCCGCCCGCGCCUCGGCCGCCGAAGCCAGUCGGACGGGCCUCUGCUGACCGCGGCCCCGGGCGCCGAGCCGUCGGGGCUGCUUGGUACUCCGCGCGACGGCUCUCCCGCGCCCGCGGAGCCCCCCGCCGCGCCCAGCCCUGGGCCGCCCCGGCGCAACCGGGCCCCGUCCGAGCAGCCACCACGGCCGCGGCCCACCAGCAUGACGUUCCUGGAGGUGAACCGUCUGGAACUCUCGGGAGCCGCCGACUCGCCGGCCACCGGCGGCGUCCUGGGCCGGGCGGGUAGCUCGGGCUUCCUCAGGGGCGCCUCGCUGUGGAGCAGCCAGCGCUGGCAGGUAUUUCGGGGGAGCGGCGGCCGGAGCGCCGAGUCCCCCCGAAGAGGCUUCUCGGCCCUGAGGAAGAGUUUCAGCUUCCGGCUGCGGCGCGGCCAGGAGAUCCGGCGCUCGGAGUCAGGGCUGCUGCCGCGGCCGCCGCGGACGCGCACCAAGAGCGACGGCGACGCCAGCUCCCUGCACGCCUUCCCCAGCCGCCGCGACCUGCUGUUCCCCGAGGGCAGGCGGGGGGCGCCCGACCCCAGCCGCCCCCGCGCCGGCGCCAGCCUCUGGAAACUGCUCACCAGCCGCUUCCGCCGGAGGGAGCCGGGGCCCGCCGAGCCGCUGUGGAGCCGCCGGGCGGCCGCGGCCCCGCUGCUCCUGGGCGUGCAGAACGCACCUCCCGCCCCGCCGCCCGACUCGUUUGUGAACAGCCAGGAGUGGACCUUGAGCCGCUCUGUGCCGGAGCUUAAAGUGGGCAUUGUGGGGAACCUGUCCAGCGGGAAGUCGGCCCUGGUGCAUCGCUAUCUGACCGGGACUUACGUCCAGGAGGAGUCCCCCGAAGGGGGUCGGUUUAAGAAGGAGAUUGUGGUGGAUGGUCAGAGUUACCUGCUGUUGAUCCGAGAUGAAGGAGGCCCCCCUGAGUUGCAGUUUGCUGCCUGGGUGGACGCUGUGGUGUUUGUGUUCAGCCUGGAGGAUGAAAUCAGCUUCCAGACGGUGUAUAACUACUUCCUGCGGCUCUGCAGCUUCCGCAAUGCCAGCGAGGUGCCCAUGGUCCUGGUGGGCACUCAGGAUGCCAUCAGUGCUGCGAACCCCCGGGUCAUCGAUGACGGCAGGGCCCGCAAACUCUCCACGGACUUGAAGCGUUGUACCUACUAUGAGACCUGCGCGACCUACGGGCUCAACGUGGAGCGUGUCUUCCAGGACGUGGCACAGAAGGUAGUAGCCUUGCGGAAGAAGCAGCAGCUGGCCAUCGGCCCCUGCAAGUCACUGCCUAACUCCCCCAGCCACUCGGCAGUGUCCGCCGCCUCCAUCCCGGCUGUGCACAUCAACCAGGCCACGAAUGGCGGCGGCAGCGCCUUCAGCGACUACUCGUCCUCAGUCCCCUCUACCCCCAGCAUCAGCCAGCGGGAGCUGCGCAUCGAGACCAUCGCUGCCUCGUCCACCCCCACACCCAUCCGCAAGCAGUCCAAGCGGCGCUCCAACAUCUUCACGUCACGGAAAGGUGCCGACUUGGACCGGGAGAAAAAGGCGGCAGAGUGCAAGGUGGACAGUAUCGGGAGUGGCCGUGCCAUCCCUAUCAAGCAGGGGAUCCUGUUGAAGCGGAGUGGCAAGUCCCUGAACAAGGAGUGGAAGAAAAAGUAUGUGACACUCUGUGACAAUGGACUGCUCACCUACCACCCCAGCCUGCAUGAUUAUAUGCAGAACAUCCACGGCAAGGAGAUUGACCUGCUGCGGACGACAGUGAAGGUGCCAGGGAAGCGGCUGCCCCGAGCCACGCCUGCCACAGCCCCGGGCACCAGCCCCCGUGCCAAUGGGCUGGCCUUGGAGCGGAACAGCACACAGCUGGGCGGGGGCACAGGUGCCCCCCAUUCGGCCAGCAGCACGUCCCUGCACUCUGACCGCUCCCUCAGCAGCUCGGCCUUGGCUGGCCCGCGCCCCGAGGGGCUGCACCAGCGCUCCUGCUCCGUUUCCAGCGCCGACCAGUGGAGUGAGGCCGCCGCCCUGCCCCCAGGCAUUCAGCACCCUGCCAGUGGCCCAGCUGAGGUACUCAGUUCCAGCCCCAAGCUGGAGCCUCCCCCAUCUCCCCACUCCAACCGGAAGAAGCACCGGCGGAAAAAGAGCACCGGGACCCCCCGACCAGAUGGCCCCACCAGUGCUGCUGAAGAUGCAGAGGAAUCAUUUGAAUUUGUGGUGGUGUCCCUCACUGGGCAAACGUGGCACUUCGAGGCCUCCACGGCAGAGGAGCGGGAGCUGUGGGUCCAGAGCGUACAGGCCCAGAUCCUCGCCAGUCUGCAGGGCUGCCGCAGUGCCAAGGACAAGACUCGACUAGGAAAUCAGAACGCAGCUCUAGCUGUGCAAGCUGUCCGCACCGUGCGGGGCAACAGUUUCUGUAUUGACUGUGAUGCACCCAAUCCAGACUGGGCCAGCCUGAACUUGGGUGCCCUGAUGUGCAUUGAGUGCUCAGGAAUCCACCGGCACCUGGGGACUCACCUGUCCCGAGUACGUUCCCUUGACCUCGAUGACUGGCCGCCUGAGCUGUUGGCUGUCAUGACCGCAGUGGGCAAUGCCUUAGCCAACAGUGUCUGGGAGGGGGCCCUGGACGGCUAUGCAAAGCCAGGGCCUGAAGCUUGCAGAGAGGAGAAGGAGCGUUGGAUACGGGCCAAAUAUGAGCAGAAACUGUUCCUGGCACCCCUGCCAAGCUCAGAUGUGCCCCUGGGGCAGCAGCUGCUUCGGGCAGUGGUGGAAGAUGACCUGCGACUGCUGGUGGUGCUGCUGGCCCACGGCUCCAAGGAGGAAGUGAACGAGACCUAUGGGGAUGGAGACGGGCGGACAGCGCUGCACCUCUCCAGUGCCAUGGCCAACGUUGUCUUCACGCAGCUGCUCAUCUGGUAUGGGGUAGACGUGCGGAGCCGGGAUGCCCGGGGCCUGACCCCACUGGCCUAUGCUCGUCGGGCUGGCAGCCAGGAGUGCGCCGACAUCUUGAUCCAGCACGGCUGCCCCGGGGAGGGCUGCGGCCUAGCACCCACCCCCAACAGAGAGCCUGCCAAGGGCACCAACACCUCUGCUGAGCUGCACCGGAGUCCUAGCCUCCUAUAAGUCCCAGGAAGAAGGCUGAGGGCUGGAACGACCACAUGGCCUGGGAGCCCUCCUCUCUGCAGGCACUGGGGGCAACCAAGCUGCAGAGACUGAAAAUUAGACAUGCAGAAAGGAAGAAGAGGAAACUGGGGAAGAGAGUUAAAGAGGAGGAGAAGAGAUAAAUGGGAAAGAGCAAAGGGAUCAGAAGAGAGGUUUGGGACUUAUGCUGCAGCAGAGAGAGGGAGUGGAGGUAUUUAGCCCUCUGCCCUAUAGGUGCCAUGGAAAAGGGACAGGACCCUUUGGAGGUACCUGUGAGGAGAGGGGAGCAGGACCUCUCCCCUCCUCCAGAUUACUACCUUUUCAUGCCAGCCCCCCUGCAAGCCUUCAUCCUAAAAUGGAAAAUGGAUGGGGCUCAGGUUUGGGGGUACUGGAUGACAGAGACUGGGAGGUGAUUGGGGAGUCCCUUGUAAAAAUUGUACAUUGGAAUAUUUAUGUUUGUGUACAGAUUCUGUGUGCGUUUAUGAUGAGCCAAUAAAUCAGACUGUGUGGC